CCCUCCCGCCCGAGCUCUGGGCCGGGGCGUCUGGGGACCUGGGGGUGGGGAGGGCCGCCUGGUGAGCCGAAGCCGCUGGGGCACCUCGAGGCUGCUGCUUGCCCUCUUGGUUAACCCCACGUAGUAGGAUUUUGGAGCUGUGGGCUCCCAGGACAAACUCAGGUAGACUGGGACGUUCCCGGAUGAGCGCUUGCGGCGCCAGAAGUAGCCAUGUCCGUGCAGGUGGCCGCCCCCGGGGGCGCGGGGCUGGGCCCUGAGCGUCUGAACCCGGAGGAACUGGUGCGGCAGACGCGGCAGGUGGUGCAGGGGCUGGAGACCCUGCGGGCGGAACACCGCAGCCUGGCGGGGCACCUAGGUGAGGCGCUGGCCGGACAGGGCCCCGUGGCCGGCUUGGAGCUGCUAGAAGAGAAGCAGCAGGUGGUGAGCCACUCGCUGGAAGCCAUCGAGCUCGGACUGGGUGAGGCCCAGGUGCUGCUGGCCCUGUCGGCGCACGUUGGGGCGCUGGAGGCCGAGAAGCAGCGGCUGCGGGCCCAGGCGCGGAGGCUGGCGCAGGAGAACACAUGGCUGCGGGAGGAGCUGCAGGAGACGCGGCAGCGGCUGUGGGCCAGCGAGGCGGCCGUGGCCCAGCUGGAGGAGGAAAAGAGUCACCUACAGUUCCUGGGGCAGCUGCGGCAAUACGACCCGCCUGAGGAGAGCCAGCGGCCAGAGUCACCCCCUCGCCGAGACAGCCUGGCCUCCCUAUUCCCCAGCGAGGAGGAGGAGCGGAGAGGUCAUGAGGCAGCAGGGGUGGCAGCAGCACAACAGGGUGGCUACGAGAUCCCCGCUCGGCUUCGGACCCUGCACAACCUUGUGAUCCAGUACGCGGCCCAGAGCCGCUAUGAGGUCGCUGUGCCUCUGUGCCGCCAGGCCUUGGAAGACCUGGAGCGCAGCUCGGGCCACUGCCACCCCGACGUGGCCACCAUGCUCAAUAUCCUGGCCCUGGUAUACCGGGACCAGAACAAGUACAAGGAAGCCACGGACCUCCUCCACGAUGCGCUGCAGAUCCGGGAGCAGACACUGGGCCCCGAGCAUCCUGCGGUGGCCGCCACCCUCAACAACCUGGCCGUCCUCUAUGGGAAGCGCGGGCGAUACCGGGAGGCAGAGCCCCUGUGCCAGCGUGCCCUGGAGAUCCGGGAGAAGGUCCUGGGCGCCGACCACCCGGAUGUGGCCAAGCAGCUCAACAACCUGGCCCUGCUCUGCCAGAACCAGGGCAAGUUUGAGGAUGUAGAGCGGUACUUCGCGCGGGCCCUGAGCAUCUACGAGGCUGUGGGGGGGCCCAACGACCCCAACGUGGCCAAGACCAAAAACAACCUGGCCUCCGCCUACCUGAAGCAGAACAAGUACCAGCAGGCCGAGGAGCUGUACAAGGAGAUCCUCCGCCCCGAAGACCUGCGCGCCCCGCUAGGUGAGCUGCACCCUCCCUGCUGCCUCCCAAGGGGCUUCUGGGCUGUGUCCCCACCUCAUGUCCCUAUCUGUCCCCCAGGAACCCCCAACACAGGCACAGCUGGUGAUGCAAAACAGCAGGUGAGAAAAGGCUUGCUUGGGCUCCUGGGGUGGGACUGGCCAUGUCUGGGGGGAACCAACGAGAGUCCCCCACACCGUCCGCAGGCCCUUCCUCGGAGCAGCUCGUUCUCCAAGCUGCGGGAGUCCAUCCGGCGGGGGAGUGAGAAGCUUGUCUCCCGGCUCCGCGGCGAGGGCGUGGCAGGGGCGGCGGGGAUGAAGAGGGCCAUGUCACUCAACAUGCUGAACAUGGAUGGGCAGAGGGCUACCGGGACUCAGCUCCCCAGCCGGGCCCUCAGUGAGGCCUCCAGGACCCUCAGCGCCAGCACCCAAGACCUGAGCCCCCGCUAAGGUGGACGGGACCAAGUCACUGUGGCCUCUGAGGAAGAGGCAGGGCGGGUGACAUCCAUCUCAUGCACACCCUGACACCCUGCCUGGGCCCACAGAGUGGGUUUCCCACCUGCCGUCUCUUCCUGUGAUUAAAUUCUGUAGAUGUGGCAAUGUGAAA